AUGCUUCAAUCUCCCCAAAGUCUCUCAGGAGCCUGUGGCCCUAGCUCUAACGAGGCGGAACAAAUCCGUCAAAAGUAUGCCGAGGAGAGGCCGAAACGUCUACGGUCCGAGGGCGUUGAUCAAUAUGUCAGCCUCAACUCCACCGAUGACCUGCGUUUGAAAGCGUUCUUGGAUGAUCCAUGGGAUCAGGGUGCUGAAUCGCCAAUUCGCCUCCAAUCCGGCGCUCGAUAUAGGAUAGCCAUCAUGGGCGCUGGAUAUGGAGGGUUACUAUACGCCGCCCGGUUGCUCGACUCGGACGCCGGCUUGAAGCCUGAAGAUCUAGUCAUCAUUGACACUGCGGCCGGAUUUGGAGGGACUUGGUACUGGAACCGCUACCCUGGUCUCAUGUGCGAUACCGAGAGCUACAUCUACAUGCCGCUGUUGGAAGAGACAGGAUACAUGCCGAAACACAAGUACUCGUACGGAGAAGAGUUGCGAGAGCACGCAGACAGAAUUGCCAAGCAGUGGAAGAUCGACGAUCGAGCCAUGUUGAGGACCGAGCUGCAUCGAUGCACCUGGAAUGAUGACAGUUCCGAAUGGAUGGUCGACCUGACCCAGCGGUCGCCUUCAACCGACGGCGUGUUAACAAGCGAGACCAUCUAUGCAGACUUUGUGAUACUAUCCCCGGGUCUGCUCAAUAGGCCAAAGCUGCCUCUACUACCUGGCCUAGGGAGCUUCAAGGGACCAAACUGGCUCGCAGCUAGAUGGGACUACGCGGCAACGGGAGGCAGCCCAUCGUGUCAGCACCUCGACCAGCUACGGGACAAGAAAGUCGGCAUCGUAGGGACCGGAGCCACUGCCGUGCAGAUCGUGCCAGCGCUGGCAAAAUGGUGCGACCAACUUUACGUGUUCCAGAGAACGCCGGCGUCGGUAGACGUGCGAGGCCAGCGACAGACAGACCGGGACGAGUGGACGAAAAACAUACAGGCUGGUCCAGGCUGGCAACAGGCCCGACGUCGCAACUUUCUGUCGUUUGGGGCCAACGUCCAGCCCAGCGAACCCGUCGACAUGGUAUCAGACGGAUGGACCAGCUUUCCAUCCUACAGCGUCCUCACCGGAGGACCCGCAGCAACGAACGUGACCAUGGACACAGCAGCCGAGUACAUCUCCGAGAUGCAUCAGCUUGAUCUCAUUCGGUCUAACAGAAUCCGCGCGCGGGUCAGCGCCGUCGUCAAGGACAGGAGCACGGCGGCAAAGCUCAAGGCCUGGUACCCGGGCUGGUGUAAACGGCCCACGUUCCACGACGAGUAUCUGGAAGCGUUCAACAGGCCCAAUGUGCAUCUCAUCGAUACGGACGGCCGCGGUGUGGACCGGAUAGUUGAGACUGGAAUAGUAGCUAAUGGCAAGACCCACGACUUGGACCUCGUCAUCUUCUCUACCGGUUUCGAGGCUGGCACGUUCGGCAGGUCCAUGGAUGCCAAAUGGGCGGACCCAAGGGCUGACGACGGCCGGAUAUCUCUGACGGUGCAUGGAAUGUGCUCCAGGGGCUUCCCCAACAUGUUUUUCACCAGCAGUGACCAAGCCGGCAUUGCUUCUGUGUUCACGCCCACCUUGGACGCCCUCUCCAAGCACGCGGCCUUUAUAGUAUCCAAGAGCGUGAAGAGGCUAGAGAAGAUGAAAAGCGAGGAUUAUCCAGCGAUUGAGCACACAGUAAUCGUGGAGCCCACUUCCGAGGCCGAAGCUGCUUGGGCCAACCGCGUGCUCUCAGCCGCUGCGUCUCUGGCACCCAUGGGGGGUUGCACGCCUUCUUACUUCAACGCCGAGGCAAAAAUGGACAGCAUGCCCAUGGACGAACAGAUCAAAGCUGCGGCAACAACGCGAUGGCCGGCAGGUCUCAAUGACUUCGUGCACGUAUUGGAGAGCCUCUGGAGCGCCGAUGAUGACAGCGACUUUGACAUAAAGCUGGUCCAAAAGAGGAGACUAAAUUAG